AUGUUCAACAGGAGUGUUUUACGGGAGAAGAACUUGUCGUGGAUGGAACCCAAGGCGCUUGCUUAUAGCAUCGGUGAGCUCCAACUAUCGUUUAAGUUAGUUUCUAAUAAUAAUGACGACUCCGACACAUUGACCAGCUUCCAUCUGUGGACCAUGCGACUCAUGAACAACUUGGAAUACGAGAGCUUGAAGAGUGGUAUGUAUCGCGAAACGGUUGAAGACUCGCUUGAGUUCGAAGAUGUGUUGGAUGAAGGUGACCUCUUGGAUGUUCUAAAAAUCGAUGAUGACGCCGUUGAAGAUAUGGAUUUGGACGUAGGUUUACCUGGAGAGACGGUGAGCGAUGAUGAAGAGGAAGACAGUGACGAUUAUGAUGAUGAUGACGAUGAUGAUGAACGCGAAGAAGAGGAUGACGACGAGGAAGACGAGGACGAUUUAAUCCUUGAUAACGAACUUUUGGACCCCAUCGGGGCUUUGUACGCCCUUGAUACAAUGUCAAUAUCAUCAGGUGAUUCUGUAAAAUCUACAGCAGCUUCAGUCUGUAUCUCCGAAACGCCAUCGCUGUAUUCUCUGUACUCAGAGGAUCGUGGGAUCAGCGGCAACUUAUCUGCAUUGAGUGAGUUUCACCUUUACAAUAGAAUGGAGACCUCGCCAACUGGUCAUCAUGAUUCCAGUCCAACGUAUGAUUCAUCACCAUCUCUAUCCCAAGACAUGGAUGCAUUGCGCGAUGAGGACGAUAAAAAGUUGCUAAGUAGAAGGAGAAAGAGAAUCCCACAAAGAAAACGGUCCAUUCAUACGUUUGAGGUAUCUAAAAGAGAGCAUUCUAUGGGUAUUGUCUUGUUGACAUUAAACAAAAUCAAAGACCUUCCCGUUUACAGAAAGGCAGUUUCCAAGGCUAGCUAUGAUAUGGACCCCUUCGUUAUUAUCACUUUCGGGCGGAGGGUUUUCAAAAGCUCUUACAGAAAACGAACCCUGAACCCUGAAUAUGACGAGGUUUGUGCCUUUGAAAUAUACCCUGACGAAAGACACUUUGAAUUUAGAUUCGAAGUGGUUGAUAAGGAUUCCUUUUCAUUCCAUGACAAGGUGGCAAGUGCAUCUAUUUCUUGGGCAGAUGUAAUCAAAAAGUACAGCAUUGGCGAAACGUUGGACUUGGAAAUGCCUUUAGAAUUGAGGAAGCCAGCAGAUAACAACAAACCAGUCAUGUCCAUUAGUUUCCAAUUUUUACCUUAUGCAGAUCUGAAGAGGCGUUUCUGGACUCAGUCAUUGCAUUCUUUAACAACGCAGAAGAGCUUUGACGUUGUGGAGCUUGGAGUUCUUUUAGAGAAGGUUGGUCAGUUCACUUGUAAUGAGAUAAAUGAGUUCUUCUAUUACUUCAACAAAGUUCCUUGGUCCUUUGAAACGCUUUCGCUUAACGAACUUGUUGCCUACCUAGAAAACUGGACAAAUAAUAAUAGGUAUUCUUCGCCAUUCAACAAUAUACAAACCUGUCCGCUGUGCGGAAACAGAGUUAUGAAAUCCAGAAACUCCGUUAAGUCAAAAUUAAACAGAGAAAACGACCUGAUUUCUCACUUCGCUAUAUGUCAAUUAAAGAGAAAUCAAAGCCAACGUACUUUUUUGACACCAUCUUAUGUUUCAGUUAAAUCUGCAUCAAGAAGAUGGUUUUCGAAGAUUCUUAUCAAAAUGACGUACGGUAAAUAUGCAUUAGGUUCCAAUAAUGCCAAUAUUUUGGUUCAAGACAGAGAUUCUGGAGUCAUCAUAGAAGAAAAAAUUAGUGCUCAUGUCAAACUCGGUAUUCGCAUAAUAUACAAUGGGAAAGGUGUUAAAUCAAGAAAGUUCAAAAAUUUGCUAAGAAAACAGACUAUAAAACAAGGAAGGAAAUUUGAUGCACCAUCAUCAGUACGUUACAUUCCAUCCUUUAUCAGAUUCCACUCUCUUGAUAUGAGUGAAUGUUUGAAAACUGAAUAUAAAACAUUCAAUGAGUUCUUUUACAGGAAAUUAAAACCCGGAAGCAGGGAGCCAGAAUCACAGAACCCGGGUAUUUUACUAUCUCCAGCCGACUGUAGAGCAACCGUUUUCCCCACUGUUCAUAAAGCUCAAGAAAUAUGGAUAAAAGGUAGACAAUUUACAUUAAGAAAGCUCCUCUCCGGGUGCCCUCAACAGUCUCAAUUUACUGAAAAUUUGUCCAGCAUUGCGAUAUUCAGACUUGCACCUCAAGAUUAUCAUCGCUUCCAUUCUCCUUGUGAAGGUGUUAUUGGAAAGAUUCAUUACAUUUCUGGUGAAUACUAUACAGUUAAUCCGAUGGCCGUCAGAACGAAACUUGAUGUGUUUGGAGAGAAUGUUCGUUGUGUAGUACCAAUUACCUCACCAGUGUUCGGUACUAUCCUAUACAUAGCGGUUGGAGCAAUGAUGGUGGGUUCCAUCAUUUUCACCUGUAAAGAAGGUGAUACCAUUUCAAGAGGACAGGAAAUGGGUUACUUCAAAUUUGGUGGUUCCACUAUCAUCCUCCUAAUACCUCAUCAAAAAAUCAUUUUCGAUUCAGACCUUAUUAAAAAUUCCGAUGAAAUGGUUGAAACACUACUUAAGGUUGGUAUGAGUGUCGGACACUUACCAACUGAGCCAGAACACCCAAGAAUAAAGAGAUCAGUAAAGAACAAGGAAGAGUUCGAGAAAAUUAAAAGAACCAUCACGGUAACAGAUGAAAAUGUUUCGGCUUUAGGAUCCGUCCCAUGGGAGUAUAACCAACUCAAAAACCUAUCAUCAGAUUGA